GACUAAACAGCUGGACCUGCUGUAUAUCAGUGAGCACAGAGGACUACCUCUGAAAUGUUGGGAGGGCUUCAAAAUCGCAAUGUCUCUCAGACCAGCUGAGACCGACUGCUAACCAGCACUAACCAGAGUGGGACUGCAUUCCAGAAACGUCAAGGACAGUUUCAAAUCCCCGCGGCUCUGACCAUAAAAGCCGGGGUACCUUUGGUCUUUAUGAUUUUGGAACGGUGAGGAGCAUCCGAGGAUCCGAGGCUCUGAGGCUGCCUACAGACUCAUAAGGAUACUAAAAGCUCUUUAGGCCAAGAUGGACUCUCUCAGUCAAGACACUGAGGUGAAGCAAAAGGGCCACACAGAAGUCCACGGACCUGUGGCUGGCAUAAUUCUGGAGAAAACAAAGGAGAAGAUAACCAUAUAUCAAGCCAUGAAGAAACGUCUCCUUAAGCCAGGAACAGCCUUAGCCCUGCUUGAAGCACAAGCGGCCACAGUGGGCAUUGUAGACCCAAUAAACAAUCGAAUGCUUCCUGUUGCAGAUGCUGUUAAAGAGGGAAUAGUUGGACCGGAGAUGAAAGAGAAACUUCUCACAGCAGAGAAGGCCAUCAGUGGCUAUGUAGACUCCUACACCAACCAAAUUAUAUCUGUAUUCCAAGCUAUGCAAAAAGAUUUAGUUCCAAGAGAUUAUGGACUGAGGCUGCUGGAAGCACAGAUAGCCACACAAGGCCUGUUUGAUCCUGUUGAGAAGACAAAUAUUUCUGUUAAUUCAGCGAUUCAAAAGGGCUACUAUGAAAAAGGUUUGCUCAAUAACCAGAUGUCAGAGCUCAAAGUGUUCUACAAUCCAAGCACACAAGAAAAUCUUAACUACCAAAAUCUCCUAAAGAAAUGCACUGUGGAGCCAGACACAGGCCUGUUGCUCCUUCCUGUUUGCAUCACCUUCAAAGGUCUGCGAAGAGGUAUCUCCUCUACUGAACUCCUUGAAUCGAAGAUCAUUGAUAAAGAAACAUUUGAUGACCUACAGAAGGGAAAGACCACAACACAGGAUGUGAUGUUGAUGGAAACAGUGAAAGAAUACCUGGAGGGCAAAGGCAGUAUCGCAGGCAUUGUUGUACUCUCGUCAAAUCAGAGAAUGAGCAUUUAUCAAGCCAUGAAGCAAGGCAUACUGAUGCCUGGAACAACACUAGUUCUACUGGAGGCACAAGCUGCGACUGGAUUCAUGAUUGAUCCUGUAGAAAAUAAAAAGUUCACUGUGGAUGAGGCCAUCAAAAACAAACUUGUUGGCCCAGAAUAUCAUGCAAAGCUGUGUUCUGCUGAGCGAGCAGUAACUGGAUACAAAGACCCAUACUCAGGUGAAACUAUAUCACUGUUUCAAGCACUGUCAAAAGACCUCAUCGUUAAGGAACAUGGGAUCCGCCUACUUGAGGCACAAAUCGCUACAGGUGGAAUAAUAGAUCCAAUCAACAGUCACAGACUUCCCACCGAAGUGGCCUACAAGAGAGGUUAUUUUAAUGAAGAAAUGAACGCCAUACUAGAAGAUUCAGGGGAUGACACAAAAGGGUUUUUUGAUCCAAACACAGAAGAGAAUCUAACUUAUCUUCAGCUGAUGGAAAGGUGCGUCAUUGAUCCCAUCACUGGAAUGUGCCUCCUCCCUCUCCUUAAUAAGACAGGAAGGCUGAAUUUUAACUUCAUUGACUACCAAACUAAAAUGACCUUCAAAGAGGAGAAGGUGAAAGUGACAUGUGGGAAGUACAUGGGAAUGACAGUAUCUCUGUGGGAACUCCUGAUGUCAGAAUACUUUGAUGAACAUCAGAGGAGAGACAUCAUUCAAAAACACAGAGAAGGGAAGCUCAAUAUCAAGAUGAUCAUUACAACUGUUCUAGAAGUCAUAGAAAAGUCUGUGAAAACAACUCAAGUCAUUUUUGAAGGCAUCAGAGAAACUGUCACAGCCAAACAGCUUGUGGAGGCAGAUAUCAUUAGUGAGGAGGUCCUGGAUGAUCUGAAAAAGGGAAAAAAGUCAGUGAAGGAAGUGACAGAAGAUGAAAAUGUAAAUAUGUACCUACAGGGGAAAGACACUAUUGCAGGUAUUCUGCUUCCUGAUUCUCAAAUCAUGACCAUCUACCAGGCCAGACAAAAAGGAAAGCUGAUGCCAGGAACUGCUCUAAUUCUACUGGAGGCACAGGCAGCAACAGGGUUCAUUAUUGACCCUAUUGGAAACAGGAAGUUUUCAGUGGAUGAUGCUGUCAAAGCAAAGAUUGUGGGGCCUGAUGUCUGUCAAAAGCUGCGCUCAGCAGAGAAAGCGGUCACUGGGUACAAAAAUCCAUAUGAUGGCAAAAUAAUCUCAUUGUUCCAAGCCAUGCAAAAAGAUCUCAUCCUAAAAGACCAUGGAAUUCGACUCCUGGAGGCACAAAUUGCCACUGGUGGGAUCAUUGACCCAGUGAACAGUCAUCGCAUUCCUGUCCAUGUGGCCUAUAAGAGGGGAUAUUUUAAUGAGGAAAUGAACCAGAUCCUGAAUGAUCCGAGUGAUGACACCAAAGGAUUCUUUGACCCCAACAACCAAGAUAACCUGACAUACUUGCAGCUCAUGGCCAGAUGUGUCAUAGAUCCCAGUACAGGUCUGUGUCUCUUGCCACUCAAAAGCAAAAGUAACAAAAUUAACAUAGAUGAUAAUAUUAGGGAAACAUUCAAAACAACAACAGUUACUGUCAAGUAUGGCAGGUUCAAGGGCAAGCACACAACACUGUGGGAUCUUAUCAAUUCAGAGUAUCUGUCUGAGGACAAAAGACAGGAGUUUUUCAAACUCUUCAAGUCAAGGAAAAUCACAAUUGAGCAACUCAUUGUCACCAUUUUAGAAAUCAUUGAGAGUAAGGAGAUAAAACAGCAAGCAGGGCUGGAUUUUGAAGGUCUCAGAGGAGAGAUCUCUGUUGUGGAUCUUUUGGAGCUUGAAAUUGUGGAUGAAAAAACAUACAGCAGUUUGAUCCAUGGAAAGAUGACGAUCACUGAUGUGAUGAAAAUGGACAGUGUGAGAGCCUACCUACAAGGGAAAAGUUGUGUGGCUGGGGUGAUACUGCAACCCUCCAAUCAGAAGCUAAGCAUCAAAGAGGCACAGAGAAUUGGCAUUCUCACACCUGGCACUGCCCUUUGCCUCCUUGAAGCACAAGCAGCCACGGGGUUCAUUGUUGAUCCUCUGAAAAACAAAAAACUUACAGUGGAACAAGCUCUCAAGGAAAAGGUUAUUGGCCCAGAGAUGUAUGAAAAGCUUUUGUCUGCAGAGAGGGCUGUCACUGGUUACAGAGAUCCAUACACUGGUCAAAAGAUCUCCCUUUUCCAAGCCUUGAAAAAGGAUCUAAUUGUCAAGCAGCAUGGCAUCCGUUUACUUGAGGCCCAGAUUGCUACAGGUGGUAUCAUUGAUCCCUUGAAGUGUCUUCACUUACCCCUUGAGGUUGCAUACAGGAAAGGAUAUUUUGAUGCAGAACUUAAUCAAAUCCUCUCAGACCCAGCUGAUGACACAAAGGGCUUUUUUGACCCAAACACACAAGCGAAUCUGACAUACAUGGAGAUGUUGGGUAGAUGUGUAAAAGAUAAGGAAACAGGACUGUUUCUCCUGCCACUGAAUGACACGACAAAAGCUAAAGGAACAAAGGCAAAAAUGUAUACUGACACAGAGAUAAAGCAAGAGUUUGAAAAGACAGCAGUGAGCGUAUCGGUGGGACGCUACUCAGGAAAAUCAAUUUCUCUGUGGGACUUGAUUCACUCUGGGUACUUCACUGAGGAUCAGCAGCUUGAAUUCAUUGAAAAAUACAGAACAAGGAAGAUGAGCACAGAAACCAUAAUCACAUUAGUGAUUUCCACCAUUAAAGAACUGGAGAAGAGUGAAACUCCCAAAAUGAUAAUGGGCCUGCGAAAGCCUGUCUCUGCACAACAACUAUGGGAUUCUGAUAUCAUUGAUGCAGAUAUGUACAAACAGGUGAAAGAAGGAAAACUUCCUUUUGAAACAGUAACCCAACAUGAACCUGUGAGAGGAUACCUGAAGGGAACUGGAAGUAUUGCUGGAAUUAAGGUUCAUCCAUCCCAGAAAGUAAUGAGCAUAUAUGAAGCAAAAAAGAAAGACCUGUUGACACCUGGCAUUGCACUUGUACUGCUUGAAGCGCAGGCUGCAACAGGAUGGGUCAUUGAUCCUCUAAAAAACAAGUUUUAUGCUGUUGAAGAGGCAGCAAGAGAGAAAGUAAUUGGACCAGAUGUGCAUGAGCAACUUCUCUCAGCUGAACGAGCUGUUAUUGGCUAUAAAGAUCCAUACACAGAUGCAACAAUAUCACUGUUUGAAGCCAUGAAUGAACAGCUGAUUAAAAGAAGCGAUGGCAUUCGUCUUCUUGAGGCACAGAUAGCAACAGGAGGAAUAAUUGACCCAAAUCAAAGUCACAGACUACCUGUUCAUGUUGCUAUUAAAAAGGGGUGUCUGGAUGGAGAAAUUAGCAAAAUUCUGUUGAACCCCACUGAUGAUGCAAAAGGAUUCUUUGACCCAAAUACCAAAGAAAACCUCUCUUACCUGCAGCUCAUAAAGCGAUGUGAGAAAGAUCCUAAAACUGGGCUACUUCUUCUGCCCCUGUAUGAAAAGGAAUCCCAUGUAUUUCCCACAGAUGAGAAAAUAGUGCUUGCAUUCAAAAACAAAACUAUUGCCAUGAAUGCAGGAAAAUUUAAAAACAAAGAGGUGACAUUGUGGGAAGUGUUGCUCUCUGAAUACAUAUCAGAACCAAAAAGGCAGCAGCUCAUACAACAAUACAAGACAGGAGCCAUGAAAAUAGAGGAGAUCAUUGAAAUACUCACCAUUAUCAUUACAGAGAUAUCAUCCAAAGAAAGAAAGUUCAAAGGACUAAGAAAGCAGGUCUCAGCCAGUGAGUUGUAUGAGUCAAAGAUCAUCUCAAAGGAGCUUUUCACACAGAUUAUACAAGGAGACGUAACUGAAGAGAAUGUUAACAAAAUGGAAUCAAUUCAAAAGUACCUUGGAGCUACAAACUGUAUAGCAGGUGUCAGAGUUGAAUCUACAAAGAAAGUUAUGAGCAUCUAUGAAGCCAAAACCAAAAGCCUACUGACCCCUGGCACAUCUCUUGUGCUGCUGGAGGCACAAGCUGCAACCGGUUUUGUCAUUGACCCAGUGAACAACAAGAAACUUUCUGUACAGGAGGCUGUGGUUCAAGGAGUGGUUGGCAGUGAGUGGAAAAACAAACUGCUUUCAGCAGAACGAGCAGUUACAGGGUACAAAGAUCCCUACACCGGAGACACAAUUUCAUUGUUCCAGGCCUUGAAAAAAGAUCUCAUUGUCAAAGAUCAUGGAAUUCGCCUUCUUGAAGCACAAAUUGCCACCGGAGGCAUAAUUGAUCCGGUCCACAGCCAUCGAGUGCCUGUACAGGUAGCAUACCAAAGAGGUUACUUUGAUGAGGAAAUGAAUCAGAUUCUGUCUGACUCUGAUGAUGACACCAAGGGCUUCUUUGAUCCCAACACUCAAGAGAACCUCACCUAUCUCCAGCUGGUUGAGAGGUGUGUCAAAGACCCAACUACAGGCCUUAACUUACUGUCCAUUGUAAAGAAAGGUGAGCUUUAUUUCUUUGUUGAUGAGGCAACAAAACUCAUUCUGAAAUCUAAAACAACAACCAGAGCAGGAGGAAAAUACCAAGGAACAACAGUGUCUCUGUGGGAUCUGCUCUACUCCAAAUACAUCACUGAGGAGAAGAGGAAAGAGCUUGUGCAACAGUACAAGUCUGGAUCAAUCACAAUUGAAUGCUUUUUGGAGAUCAUCCAGACAAUCAUUCAGCAGCAGACCACAACAACCUCAUCGUCAUCAAUCGUCACAUGCCAACCACCAGAAACAAAAGUGGACAGCAGCACAACAAAAACUACCAUCACUACUAAAAUCACAGAGACACGUCAAGUUCAAAACUUUCAUGGAAUCAGAAAGGAUGUUACUGCUACUGAGCUGCUUGAAUCAAAAAUCAUCGAUGAGGACCUCUACAAAGAUCUUAGCACUGGAAAAGUCACGGUGACGGAAGUAAGUGAAAUGGACUCAGUCCGAGUACUUAGAGGAACCAACAGCAUUGCAGGGGUAUACCUGCAGUCCACCAAACAGACCCUAAGCAUCUAUGAAGCCAAAAGCAAAGGCCUGCUGACUCCUGGUACUUCUCUGGUUCUGCUGGAGGCCCAAGCUGCCACUGGCUUUGUCAUCGACCCAGUGAAAAACAAGAAACUUUCUGUAGAGGAAGCUGUGGCUCAAAGGGUGGUUGGCAGUGAGUGGAAAAACAAACUGCUUUCAGCAGAAAGAGCAGUUACUGGAUACAAAGAUCCCUACACUGGAAACACAAUUUCAUUGUUCCAGGCCUUGAAAAAUCUUAUUGUGAAAGAUCAUGGAAUUCGUCUCCUUGAAGCGCAAAUUGCCACCGGAGGCAUAAUUGACCCAGUUCACAGUCACAGAGUGCCUGUACAGGUGGCAUAUCAAAGAGGUUACUUUGAUGAGGAAAUGAAUCAGAUUCUGUCUGACCCUGAUGAUGACACCAAGGGCUUCUUUGAUCCCAACACUCAAGAGAACCUCACCUAUCUCCAGCUGGUUGAGAGGUGUGUCACGGAUCCCGUCACAGGCCUGAGUUUGCUGGUCAUUGUGAAGAAAGGCGAGUUUUAUUUCUUUGUUGAUGAGGCAACAAAACUCAUUCUGAAAUCUAAAACAACAACCAGAGCAGGAGGAAAAUACCAAGGAACAACAGUGUCUCUGUGGGAUCUGCUCUACUCCAAAUACAUCACUGAGGAGAAGAGGAGAGAGCUUGUGCAACAGUACAAGUCUGGAUCAAUCACAAUUGAACGCUUUUUCGAGAUCAUCCAGACAAUCAUUCAGCAGCAGACCACAACAACCUCAUCGUCAUCAAUCGUCACAUGCCAACCACCAGAAACAAAAGUGGACAGCAGCACAACAAAAACUACCAUCACUACUAAAAUCACAGAGACGCAUCAAGUUCAAAACUUUCAUGGAAUCAGAAAGGAUGUUACUGCUACUGAGCUGCUUGAAUCAAAAAUCAUCGAUGAGGACCUCUACAAAGAUCUUAGCACUGGAAAAGUCACGGUGACGGAAGUAAGUGAAAUGGACUCAGUCCAAGUACUUAGAGGAACCAACAGCAUUGCAGGGGUAUACCUGCAGUCCACCAAACAGACCCUAAGCAUCUAUGAAGCCAAAAGCAAAGGCCUGCUGACUCCUGGUACUUCUCUGGUUCUGCUGGAGGCCCAAGCUGCCACUGGCUUUGUCAUCGACCCAGUGAAAAACAAGAAACUUUCUGUAGAGGAAGCUGUGGCUCAAAGGGUGGUUGGCAGUGAGUGGAAAAACAAACUGCUUUCAGCAGAAAGAGCAGUUACUGGAUACAAAGAUCCCUACACUGGAAACACAAUUUCAUUGUUCCAGGCCUUGAAAAAUCUUAUUGUGAAAGAUCAUGGAAUUCGUCUCCUUGAAGCGCAAAUUGCCACCGGAGGCAUAAUUGACCCAGUUCACAGUCACAGAGUGCCUGUACAGGUGGCAUAUCAAAGAGGUUACUUUGAUGAGGAAAUGAAUCAGAUUCUGUCUGACCCUGAUGAUGACACCAAGGGCUUCUUUGAUCCCAACACUCAAGAGAACCUCACCUAUCUCCAGCUGGUUGAGAGGUGUGUCACGGAUCCCGUCACAGGCCUGAGUUUGCUGGUCAUUGUGAAGAAAGGCGAGUUUUAUUUCUUUGUUGAUGAGGCAACAAAACUCAUUCUGAAAUCUAAAACAACAACCAGAGCAGGAGGAAAAUACCAAGGAACAACAGUGUCUCUGUGGGAUCUGCUCUACUCCAAAUACAUCACUGAGGAGAAGAGGAGAGAGCUUGUGCAACAGUACAAGUCUGGAUCAAUCACAAUUGAACGCUUUUUCGAGAUCAUCCAGACAAUCAUUCAGCAGCAGACCACAACAACCUCAUCGUCAUCAAUCGUCACAUGCCAACCACCAGAAACAAAAGUGGACAGCAGCACAACAAAAACUACCAUCACUACUAAAAUCACAGAGACGCAUCAAGUUCAAAACUUUCAUGGAAUCAGAAAGGAUGUUACUGCUACUGAGCUGCUUGAAUCAAAAAUCAUCGAUGAGGACCUCUACAAAGAUCUUAGCACUGGAAAAGUCACGGUGACGGAAGUAAGUGAAAUGGACUCAGUCCGGAAGUACUUAGAGGGAACCAACAGCAUUGCAGGGGUAUACCUGCAGUCCACCAAACAGACCCUAAGCAUCUAUGAAGCCAAAAGCAAAGGCCUGCUGACUCCUGGUACUUCUCUGGUUCUGCUGGAGGCCCAAGCUGCCACUGGCUUUGUCAUCGACCCAGUGAAAAACAAGAAACUUUCUGUAGAGGAAGCUGUGGCUCAAAGGGUGGUUGGCAGUGAGUGGAAAAACAAACUGCUUUCAGCAGAAAGAGCAGUUACUGGAUACAAAGAUCCCUACACUGGAAACACAAUUUCAUUGUUCCAGGCCUAAAAAGAUCUUAUUGUGAAAGAUCAUGGAAUUCGUCUCCUUGAAGCGCAAAUUGCCACCGGAGGCAUAAUUGACCCAGUUCACAGUCACAGAGUGCCUGUACAGGUGGCAUAUCAAAGAGGUUACUUUGAUGAGGAAAUGAAUCAGAUUCUGUCUGACCCUGAUGAUGACACCAAGGGCUUCUUUGAUCCCAACACUCAAGAGAACCUCACCUAUCUCCAGCUGGUUGAGAGGUGUGUCACGGAUCCCGUCACAGGCCUGAGUUUGCUGGUCAUUGUGAAGAAAGGCGAGUUUUAUUUCUUUGUUGAUGAGGCAACAAAACUCAUUCUGAAAUCUAAAACAACAACCAGAGCAGGAGGAAAAUACCAAGGAACAACAGUGUCUCUGUGGGAUCUGCUCUACUCCAAAUACAUCACUGAGGAGAAGAGGAGAGAGCUUGUGCAACAGUACAAGUCUGGAUCAAUCACAAUUGAACGCUUUUUCGAGAUCAUCCAGACAAUCAUUCAGCAGCAGACCACAACAACCUCAUCGUCAUCAAUCGUCACAUGCCAACCACCAGAAACAAAAGUGGACAGCAGCACAACAAAAACUACCAUCACUACUAAAAUCACAGAGACGCAUCAAGUUCAAAACUUUCAUGGAAUCAGAAAGGAUGUUACUGCUACUGAGCUGCUUGAAUCAAAAAUCAUCGAUGAGGACCUCUACAAAGAUCUUAGCACUGGAAAAGUCACGGUGACGGAAGUAAGUGAAAUGGACUCAGUCCGAAACUUAGAGGGAACCAACAGCAUUGCAGGGGUAUACCUGCAGUCCACCAAACAGACCCUAAGCAUCUAUGAAGCCAAAAGCAAAGGCCUGCUGACUCCUGGUACUUCUCUGGUUCUGCUGGAGGCCCAAGCUGCCACUGGCUUUGUCAUCGACCCAGUGAAAAACAAGAAACUUUCUGUAGAGGAAGCUGUGGCUCAAAGGGUGGUUGGCAGUGAGUGGAAAAACAAACUGCUUUCAGCAGAAAGAGCAGUUACUGGAUACAAAGAUCCCUACACUGGAAACACAAUUUCAUUGUUCCAGGCCUUGAAAAAUCUUAUUGUGAAAGAUCAUGGAAUUCGUCUCCUUGAAGCGCAAAUUGCCACCGGAGGCAUAAUUGACCCAGUUCACAGUCACAGAGUGCCUGUACAGGUGGCAUAUCAAAGAGGUUACUUUGAUGAGGAAAUGAAUCAGAUUCUGUCUGACCCUGAUGAUGACACCAAGGGCUUCUUUGAUCCCAACACUCAAGAGAACCUCACCUAUCUCCAGCUGGUUGAGAGGUGUGUCACGGAUCCCGUCACAGGCCUGAGUUUGCUGGUCAUUGUGAAGAAAGGCGAGUUUUAUUUCUUUGUUGAUGAGGCAACAAAACUCAUUCUGAAAUCUAAAACAACAACCAGAGCAGGAGGAAAAUACCAAGGAACAACAGUGUCUCUGUGGGAUCUGCUCUACUCCAAAUACAUCACUGAGGAGAAGAGGAGAGAGCUUGUGCAACAGUACAAGUCUGGAUCAAUCACAAUUGAACGCUUUUUCGAGAUCAUCCAGACAAUCAUUCAGCAGCAGACCACAACAACCUCAUCGUCAUCAAUCGUCACAUGCCAACCACCAGAAACAAAAGUGGACAGCAGCACAACAAAAACUACCAUCACUACUAAAAUCACAGAGACGCAUCAAGUUCAAAACUUUCAUGGAAUCAGAAAGGAUGUUACUGCUACUGAGCUGCUUGAAUCAAAAAUCAUCGAUGAGGACCUCUACAAAGAUCUUAGCACUGGAAAAGUCACGGUGACGGAAGUAAGUGAAAUGGACUCAGUCCGGAAGUACUUAGAGGGAACCAACAGCAUUGCAGGGGUAUACCUGCAGUCCACCAAACAGACCCUAAGCAUCUAUGAAGCCAAAAGCAAAGGCCUGCUGACUCCUGGUACUUCUCUGGUUCUGCUGGAGGCCCAAGCUGCCACUGGCUUUGUCAUCGACCCAGUGAAAAACAAGAAACUUUCUGUAGAGGAAGCUGUGGCUCAAAGGGUGGUUGGCAGUGAGUGGAAAAACAAACUGCUUUCAGCAGAAAGAGCAGUUACUGGAUACAAAGAUCCCUACACUGGAAACACAAUUUCAUUGUUCCAGGCCUUGAAAAAAGAUCUUAUUGUGAAAGAUCAUGGAAUUCGUCUCCUUGAAGCGCAAAUUGCCACCGGAGGCAUAAUUGACCCAGUUCACAGUCACAGAGUGCCUGUACAGGUGGCAUAUCAAAGAGGUUACUUUGAUGAGGAAAUGAAUCAGAUUCUGUCUGACCCUGAUGAUGACACCAAGGGCUUCUUUGAUCCCAACACUCAAGAGAACCUCACCUAUCUCCAGCUGGUUGAGAGGUGUGUCACGGAUCCCGUCACAGGCCUGAGUUUACUCCCCUUGCACAGGUGAAGGAAAGCAAAUCUUUCUACAGGCAUUUAUUCUUGUUUUGUUUGCGUUAUCAGAUUUUUUUCAUUGUAGUUCGCUCAGCAUUGUAGUUAACAUUAUUUUCUCCCUUAGACACUAAAUAUUUUUACAGCAUAUUUCUUUAAAAUGCAUUUUAGGUUGUCCUUAACGAAAUCGCCAGAGAAAAAUACAUGUUCUCUACUAUGCUGUUAGUUAUACAUGGUUGAAAAAGAGAGCAACUCUAUGAAGGUGUUUUGGUUACACAUUUUCAGAACUGCCAUUAUUAAAACCCUAAAAUUAGCCCAACCUGGGAAAACUGAGACUGAAUGGGCUGAAAACCUAUUCUAAUAAUCACACAAAAAUGUACAUAUAGGUACUUUAAUGUCAUUAGUCAUAUCUGUGUCCGAUAUGUCAAAUGUCUGCUGUGAAAAAAGCCUACUGGUCUUAUAUUAGUUGACAUUGAAAAGUAAACUAAAUAUCUGUCGUCUUUUUCUUGUUUUCAGUCUCUUGGUAUUAACCCAAUUCUGAUAUUGUUUGAAUGCAUACAUGGCAGUAAAUGCCGUAGCAAACAUUUUGGAUUUGUGAUACUUAUUUUCCCUGUUUUAAUACUUUUUCAUGUUAUUUGUGGGAUCUAUGGAUUUGAUUGAUUUUACACUGAUGUAACUAGAUGGGGUUCAGCUGAGCCUAUUUUUACCUUGCCUGUAGAAGCUGGAAGCUGGUGAAACCUUUUCUUACUGAAAUCUGUUUUGCUUCCUAAGUCAAAUGUGAGUACAGUGAAUAUCAUUUUGCUGUGCCUGCUUUGACCUCACCUGCAAGCCAGCCAUGCACAUUUUGGUCUUUUGUAAUAUUGUAAAACUGUUUCAUUGUGUGGCCCAAUAAAUAGGUGAGAUAUGAA